AUAAGCCGCCACCAGAAUGCCUAUCAUUUCGAACGGCCAGUGAGAGAGAGAGGGAGAGGAGAGAGAGAGAGAGAGAGAGAGAGAGAGAGAGAGAUGGAGCCUCACGACGAUUUACGCCAACCCAUCUUACAGCAGCCGUCCACGGCCAAAGAAUCAAGCUCGGAACUGGAGAAGGUGUUGUCGGACAGCCAAGUCCCACGCUUUAAGCGGCUGAGAGUGGCCGGCUGGAUUGAACUGAAGAUGCUCUUCCGGCUGGCAGCGCCGGCGGUGCUGGUGUACUUGAUCAACUACGCCAUGUCGUUGUCCACCCGCAUCUUCGCAGGCCACCUGGGCAAUCUUGAGCUCGCCGCCGCCUCCCUCGGCAACAGCGGCAUCCAGUUGUUCUCUUACGGCCUCAUGCUCGGAAUGGGCAGCGCUGUGGAGACGCUGUGCGGCCAAGCGUACGGCGCCCGUCGCUACGAGAUGCUGGGAAUCUACCUCCAGAGAUCAACGAUCGUCCUAACUCUAACCGGCCUGCCGUUGACGGCGGUCUACCUCCUCUCGAAGCAAAUGCUACUGGCAUUGGGCGAACCCACGGAGGUGGCCGUAGCGGCGGGGACGUUCGUCUACGGCCUGAUCCCGCAGAUCUUCGCGUACGCCGCCAACUUCCCCAUCCAAAAGUUCCUGCAAUCGCAGAGCAUCGUGGCGCCGAGCGCCUACAUAUCUGCGGCGGUGCUGGUGGUGCACGUGGCGCUAAGCUGGGUGGCGGUGUACCGUAUGGGGCUAGGACUGAUCGGGGCGUCGCUGACGCUGAGCCUGUCGUGGUGGAUCAUAGUGGUGGCCCAGUUCGGGUACAUUGUGAUGAGUGGUCGAUGUGAGGAGACGUGGAGGGGGCUGAGGUGGGAAGCUUUGACGGGGCUCGGGGAGUUUGUGAAGCUGUCGGCAUCGUCGGCGGUGAUGCUGUGCUUGGAAACGUGGUACAUGCAGAUCCUGGUUUUAAUUGCCGGGUUGCUGGAUAACCCGGAGAUGGCCCUCGAUUCUCUCUCUAUUUGCAUGGCAAUCAACGGGCUGAUGUUCAUGGUUUCAGUUGGGUUCAAUGCAGCAGCCAGUGUGAGGGUUGGGAAUGAGCUUGGAGGUGGAAACCCCAAGUCUGCAGCUUUCUCAGUUUUGGUGGUGAACUUGGUGUCCUUGGCCAUUGCGGUUGCUGAAGCCAUGGUGGUGCUGGCGCUGCGGCACGUCAUCAGCUUCGCCUUCACGGGCGGGGAAGCGGUGGCCGACGCCGUCUCGGACCUCUGCCCCUUCUUGGCCGUCACUCUCAUCCUCAACGGCGUUCAACCCGUCUUGUCUGGUGUGGCUGUUGGGUGCGGAUGGCAAGCAUUUGUGGCAUAUGUGAAUGUGGGAUGCUAUUACUUGGUUGGAAUUCCUUUGGGCUGUCUUCUGGGCUUUAAGCUCCACCUUGGUGCCAAGGGCAUAUGGUCAGGAAUGAUAGGAGGAACAAUGAUGCAGACCUUCAUCUUGGUCUGGACAACCUAUCGCACUGAUUGGGAGAAAGAGGUGGAGAAAGCCAAGAAAAGAUUAGACAAAUGGGAAGGCGUGAAACAGCCGCUUCUGAAGGACGACUCCAUCAACAAUGCUGAAGAAACUUUCAGAGAUUGAUUGCAUUUAACUGAUAGCAACUCAGCGAUUCAGAGCAUUUGCAAUUAUCAGAGAAUUACAUUUGCUGCUUCAGUAAUGAAUCAAACUAUAAACAGGAAAUGAAGAAGACGACAAUAAAAUUGAGUCAAAUGUGAGGAUCAAGAUGUUAGUUUAUCCUAAAUACUUACAGGCAUUAUUUAGCAGUUUCAAGAGAGCUAAUGAUUCACAACCAUGGCAGGACCGCACAGUUUGGUGAUGCUUCCUGCUUAUUAUCUCGUCGAUGCAGAACAAAUAAACAGCUCAGAGAUUUAAAACUCAAUAGACUUUGAUGAUGAAAAGAAUC